ACUGAGUUCAUCCAAUAAGGAGAGCAGUUAAGUAACCAAACACAAGAACACAAGAAGGAGCUUGCUCCUGGCACAUUUACAAGUGGAUUGAAAAAAAAGGGAACAAAUACCAGAAUGACUGAAGCGGAUGCACAAGGACAGAAGAAGCUUAUAUGUUUCAGAGCCAUCAUCAUCACUACGCGCCCGUGCGUGCAAAAAUAACAUUUGGAAUUCGAGCAAUUGCAGUCGCUCACAUCCGAUCAACAAUGUGCCGUUACGUCAGCAUGGACCUAAGGACUGUGCACACUAAUUGGAGCUCAUAGUGUCAAACCAAAGACUUCAACAUGUUCCUGAGAAGGUACCCGGCCUGUGAGCCACUUCACCUCCACCCAUAUUCAUCAGUGCCCGCUUCUCAUCUCUCCAGAUUUGCGCAUAAAACUCUAUGCAGAAAUGUAAAUCUAAGUGAUGACAGUUCUGUCUCUAAUCGCUUCCUAUCGGGUUUUUCUCCAAAAGUGAAACAUCUCCAGAUUGUGAGAUGGUACUUGCCCUCCAACAGGGGUGCGUUCAGAGCCCAAACUACUGCUGGGCUCAUCGAGGCACCUCAGAACAGUUUAGAAUUAACUGCUCGGGGUCAAACCUUUAAUCGAUUGUCCCGAAACGUUAACGACGUAUCUCGGGCUGAAAAUGCUCCAGCGUAUAUCAGCAGGAUGCAGCGGCGGAGUCCAAGUCAGCGGGCGUCCGCACAGAGACCUACGUCUGAGGCUAACGAAACAACAGUCCAAUCACCGGGAGACGAACAGGAGGACUCGGGUCUUGCAAGCCAGGCAAACUCUGGACUGCAACUAUUCCACAUUAGUUCUUUGGCAACAAGAUUUGGAGAGAGCUACAAUUAUGUCGCCAAACACAUUAACUCGGUCUUCUCCCUGGGUUUUACCAAAGUGCAAGUUCCGGCGAAAGGGGAAAUCACAAAAGGAUCCGACAGGAGAUCCAAGAAGAGAAAAAGGCAAAGUUAUCAUGUCAUGCAUUCCAAAGACACUGAAAUAUCUCCAUUAACAUCAAGUGCUGACGAGGCCACCGUGGAACCCAAUUAUAGUCACAGCUGGGAGGAGGGCUAUCGUCAUUUUGCAAAACACAUUAAUAGGUACUUUGGCGCCAAGGUUACCGAUGAUGCCGGCCGUCACAGUCGACCGGAACCCCUCGCACCAUCUCCCUCGCACGCCCGACACAGCCGAGACCGCGUCGGCCCUGAAACUGGCCUUUUCCAUAGCGGCCACAAUACAACCCGCUUUGACAGACAGAAGGCAAUCUCCUUCAUGGACUGCUUUCAUCACCCCACAAGAGUCAUCCCUGACCUGCUCGGAGCAUUUCUCGACCGGGUGCCCUCGCCACAGAACAGAAAGCCAAAACAUGCGGUAACAUCGCCGGAAGCAGCCUUCGGUGAAAAGUUGUUUUUGAGCCACAAGCAAGCUGAGGAACUGACACAUGGGUUGAUUGAAAACCUGAGACAGGCUUCAUCUGCAGAAGGUCUGACAACCUGUGUGGAGAUGCUGAAUGAACACCUGCGACAUCAUCCUUCACGUAAAGCCUUGAUGUGGCAGGAGAAAAUGGCCGUAACAUUGCUGAGACAGCGGCGAGUCCAUAGAGACGAGCAAGCCCUCCAGCCGGCCAUAAGAGAAGCCCUGGCUCUCAUCGGCUAUGUUGACCCAGUCAAAGGUCGUGGUAUCAAGGUCCUCUCCAUUGAUGGCGGAGGUACAAGAGGCCUGGUGCCGCUGCAGGUGCUCAAGCUGCUGGAAGCACAGACGGGAAAAAAGAUUCAUCAGCUGUUUGACUACAUUUGUGGCGUCAGCACAGGGGCCGUGUUAGCCUUCAUGCUCGGCUUGGCCCAUUUUCCCCUGGAAGAGUGUGCGGACAUGUAUCGGCGGUUCGGCUCUGAGGUUUUCCAACAAAACCGCUUGGUUGGCACAGUGAAAAUGGGUUGGAGUCACGCUUACUAUAACACAGAGACAUGGGAAACCAUACUAAGAGAGAAGCUCGGCGAUCGAGUGCUCAUCAAAACAGCCAGAAAUGAGUCAAGUCCCAAGGUUUCAGCUGUCAGCGCUGUGGUCAAUUGGGGCAACAGUCCCAAGGCCUUCAUCUUCUGCAAUUACAACCACAAACCGGGAUCCCUGAGCCGCUACGCAGGCGGCUCCAGCUACCCCAUGUGGCAGGCGGUGCGAGCGUCAUCGGCCGCUCCGGGAUACUUCCAGGAAUUCCCGUUACAAAGCGACAUCCACCAGGAUGGAGGGAUUAUCAUGAACAACCCCUGCGCCUUAGCUGUGCACGAAAGCAGACUCUUGUGGCCCAAGCACGCAUUCCAGUGCGUGCUGUCCCUUGGCACCGGUCGCUAUGACAAUGCUAAGAGAGGCCCUGCCACCUCCACAAGCUUGAGAGCCAAAAUAAGCAACCUGAUCAGUAGUGCCACCGACACCGAAGGGGUCCACACACUUUUGGACGACCUGCUCCCCCCCGACGUCUACUUCCGCUUCAACCCCACGCUGAGUGCCGAGGUGUGCCUCGACGAGAGCCGCCCGGGGGCUCUGGACCGGCUGGAGACAGACACGCGGCUUUACCUGGAACGAAACCGUCUCAAACUGGCUCGACUCUGUUUAGUACUCGGGGCGGAGCGUUCGGCUCUGAGCAAAACCAAGGACUGGAUCUGCGGAAGGGCCUGGGAGAUGAAGCACCAAUGGGUCUAGAUAGAACUGCUGCAAUGAAGAAAAAUAGCCCUGCAUAGUCUCUCUUUUGUGAGGAUCAUUCUUAGUAUUUAUUUCAUCGUACGUAUAUAAUGCUCAUUUUUGAGGCUAUACUGCGUACGACAUGUCUAAAAGAAAAGCAGGGUUAAAAUACAUAAUGAGAACUGUUUCUAAAUGAUUUUACUCUUAUUUAUUCAGUAAAGCCUUGCUAUUCGCCGGGGGAUACAAAAAACUGUGAGUAACUGUCGCCCCCUAAAAAAAUGUUUAUCCAGUGGUGCCUUGAGAUUGGAGGUACCAGACUUACGGUUUUACGAGAUAUGAGCUAAAUAUAUAUAUAUAUAUAUAUAUGGCUGAAAUAAGUAUUUAACACGUCACCAUCUUUUUCACUAAAUAUAUUUCCAAAGGUGCUAUUGACAUGUAAUUUUCGCUAGAUGUUGUAAUCCAUACAUACCAAGAAAUUAGAACAAAUAAGAUACAAAAAUGAAGUUGUGCGUGAAAUGACACAAUGUGAAAUGACACAGGGGAAAAAGUAUUGAAGACAUGAAGAAAGGGAGGGAGGUGCAAAAAGGCGUGGAAAGCCAAGACAACACCGAAAAUCCAUCGAUAAUCAAACAGCAAUCCAGCCCCUUGAAUAUCAGCUGGUUCGGUCCUCAUUGAUGGCCUCCAAAAAGGUCUCAUUGCCGAGGUGUGAGUCAAGACACAUCUCAUGAUGGGGAAGAGCAGAAAGCUGUCUCAAAACUAUCGCAAACUAAUUGUUGCAAAACAUAUCAGUGGCAUCGGUUACAGGUGCAUAUCUCAGCUUCGGAAUGUUCCAGUGAGCACGGUUGGGGCCAUCAUACGUUAAGUGGAAAGCCAAUCAUAGCAUACGUUUGCCUUGAUCAGGUGCUCCUCACCAGUGAUGCCGGUAACGCGCUACAAAGUCACAAAAGUCAAGUACAAAGUAACGCGUUACUCCAAAAUCACUCCGCUCUUUUUUCCAAUGAAUAGUAGGAAGCGAUUGGGAAGUGAUUGUUUAUUACACAAUGCACAGUCAUGAUGCAGUACCAUAAAAGUGCACACAAAUGCACCAUUUUACCGUCGCCACACUAUUUUUGUUAUUUUCCUGCGUGAAAUGUAUUUGAUUGUUGUUACUUUUUGUAUUUACACAUGAAGAAUACAGUUUUACUGGCGUGUUAAA